AACAUCGUGAACCAUAACCUGUGAGGUUGCUCAAGUCUUGCAGGGGAUACCAGUUUCUUCGUUAGUUUGCGCAGGGGAGAGAGAGACUCCAUGGCUAGGGCACCGGAUUGUGGGCGUUGUUCCCUCGUGCUCGUGUACUCAGCGGCGCAAUCCCCCCAAAUGCCCCUGGCUCCUGCACUCUUCUCCCCCAUCCCGCGUGAUUCUUUUCCACUCCCGCGCCAAAAUCACGGUAUCUGUUCAUUUUCCUCCAACCCGGUGAUUUGCAGAGCAGUAGAUCGCAUUGAGACCGAGCUGAACAUCGGUGGCUUCCCUUCCGUCUCCGGCGCACCGACUGUAGGCCCUGGGAACGAUGGAUCCAGCGCAGGGUGGAAGUUUCCUCCGGUUUCUUCAAGAUCCAAGUGCUGGAACAAGUUUCUUGCAACCAGCAACUCAGCCGGGAGCGUUCGUCCCUCCUCGCCCGGGGUUGAUGUUUCCUCCGGUCCCUUUCCUGUCGUUCUGCACGCAGCCUUCGCCGGCGGCGCAUGCAGCACCCUCAAGGCCUGUGAGAGCCGCUACGAACUCAAGAUCCGGCCGCCGCCGUCGUGUGGAGGCCGUGAAUGAAGUGGGUACUAGGAUGAACUCAAAUCCUCUUCAGUGGAGUAGUACAUCCACACGAAGAAAUUGCAU